AUGGAGGUGGAUGCAGACGAGAAGCGCCAUCGCACACGGUCCAAAGGUGUUCGAGUUCCCGUGGAACCAGCCAUACAAGAGCUGUUCAGUUGCCCUACUCCUGGCUGUGAUGGCAGUGGUCAUGUUAGUGGGAAAUAUGCAAGACACAGAAGUGUUUACGGCUGUCCUUUGGCAAAAAAAAGAAAAACACAAGAGAAACAACCUCAAGAACCUGCUCCUAAAAGAAAACCUUAUGUGGUUAAAGCUGAUAACUCUUCCGUAGAUGAAUGUUAUGAAACAGAUGGGACUGAGGAAAUGGAUGAAAAGGAAGAGGAGGAGGAGGAAGAGGAGGAGUAUUCUGAUGAUAAUGAGGAACAAGGUGAUGAGGAAGAAGAGGAGGAGGAGGAAGUAGAAGAUAGGGAAGAGGAGGAGGUCGAAGAGGAGGAGGAGGAGGAAGAAGAAGAAGAUGAUGAUGAAGAUGAAAAUGAUGAGGUGGAAGAGGAGGAAGAGGAGGAGGAGGAGGAGGAAGAAGAAAGCGAAGACCAUCAAAUGAAUUGUCACAAUGCUCGAAUGCAAGACACAGAAAAAGACGAUAACAAUAAUGAUGAGUAUGAUAAUUAUGAUGAACUGGUGGCCAAGUCAUUGUUAAAUCUUGGCAAAAUUGCAGAGGAUGCAGCAUACAGAGCCAGGACUGAAUCAGAAAUGAAUAGCAAUACAUCUAAUAGCCUGGAAGAUGAUAGUGACAAAAAUGAAAAUGUUGGUCGUAAGAGUGAGCUGAGUUUAGAUUUAGACAGUGACGUUGUUAGGGAAACUGUGGACUCGCUCAAAUUGUUAGCACAAGGACAUGGUGUAGUGCUUUCAGAAAACGUUAACGACAGAAAUUAUGCAGACAGUAUGUCGCAGCAAGAAAACAGGAAUAUGAACUAUGGGAUGCUAGGGAAGCCUACAAACAAUGGGCUUACAGAAAAAAUGGUGGAAGAAAGUGAUGAAGAGGUAUGUCUCAGUAGCUUGGAAUGCCUGAGGAAUCAAUGUUUUGAUUUGGCCAGGAAGCUCAGUGAGACAAAUCCACAAGAAAGAAAUCAACAGCAGAACCUGAAUUCUCGCCAACACGCUCGGCAAGAAGAUGAUUUUCAAGGACGGACACCUGAUCGGAACUAUUCUGAUAUGAUGAACUUAAUGAGGCUUGAAGAACAGUUGAGUCCCAGAUCUAGAACUUUUUCUAGCUGUGCAAAAGAGGAUGGGUGUCAUGAAAGAGAUGAUGACACCACCUCUAUUACUUCAGAUAGGUCUGAAGAGGUGUUUGAUAUGACAAAAGGAAACUUAACGCUACUUGAAAAAGCUAUUGCUUUAGAAACAGAAAGAGCAAAAGCCAUGAGGGAAAAAAUGGCAAUGGAAGCUGGAAGGAGGGAUAAUAUGAGAUCCUAUGAGGAACAGUCUCCAAGACAGAUUUCUGGAGAUGACAGGAAAUCUAAAUCCAGUGACGGCCAUAUCAAAAAGCCAUAUUAUGGUAAAGAUCCCUCAAGAACAGAAAAGAAAGAGAGCAAAUGUCCUACCCCUGGGUGUGAUGGAACUGGCCAUGUAACGGGGCUUUACCCCCAUCACCGCAGUUUGUCAGGAUGCCCACACAAAGAUAGGGUCCCUCCAGAAAUUCUUGCCAUGCAUGAAAACGUUCUUAAGUGUCCUACACCAGGCUGCACAGGCCGGGGCCACGUAAAUAGCAACAGGAAUUCUCACAGAAGCCUCUCGGGAUGUCCUAUUGCUGCAGCAGAGAAACUGGCUAAAGCUCAAGAGAAGCAUCAGAGCUGUGAUGCAUCAAAAUCAAACCAGGCAUCAGAUCGUGUCUUGAGGCCCAUGUGUUUUGUUAAGCAGUUGGAGAUUCCUCAAUAUGGCUACAGAAACAAUGUCCCCACAACAACGCCCCGCUCCAACUUGGCCAAGGAACUAGAGAAAUACUCUAAGACUACGUUUGAAUAUAACAGUUAUGACAACCAUGCAUAUGGCAAGAGAGCCAUAGCUCCCAAGGUGCAGUCCAGAGAUAUUUCCCCCAAAGGAUAUGAUGCUAAACGUUACUGUAAGAAUUCAAGCCCAACCAGCAGCACAACCAGCAGCUAUGCCCCUAGCAGCAGCAGCAACAUGAGCUGUGGGGGAGGCAGCAGUGCCAGCAGUACCUGCAGCAAGAGCAGCUUUGACUAUACCCAUGACAUGGAGGCAGCACACAUGGCUGCAACGGCUAUUCUGAAUCUUUCCACGCGCUGCAGGGAGAUGCCUCAGAACCUCUCCACAAAACCUCAGGACCUCUGUUCCCGGCAGAAUCCUGAUAUGGAAGUGGAUGAAAAUGGAACGUUAGAUCUUAGCUUGAACAAGCAGAGGCAGCGGGAUGGUUGUUGCACCAUUUUGACGCCACUGGAACCAAUGUCACCGCAACAACAGGCUGUGAUGAAUAACAGGUGUUAUCAGCUGAAUGAGGGUGACUGCUGGGACUUGCCGGUGGACUACACAAAAAUGAAGCCUAGUAGGAUAGAUGAAGAUGAUUCAAAAGAAAUUAAUCCAGAAGAUUUAGAUCCUUUCCAAGAAGCACUAGAAGAACGAAGGUAUCCUGGGGAAGUCACCAUCCCAAGUCCUAAGCCCAAAUAUCCUCAAUGCAAAGAGAACAAAAAGGAUUUAAUAACAUGUCCAACACCAGGGUGUGAUGGGAGUGGUCAUGUGACUGGUAAUUACGCCUCACAUAGAAGUCUAUCUGGCUGCCCCUUGGCUGACAAAAGUAUUCGAAGUAUGCUGGCCACAAGCUCGCAGGAACUCAA